UCUCUCUCUCUCUCUGCGGCAAAAAGGCUUACGCUUUUCCUUUCCGUGCGUCGUGUUUCUCCUUUGAUAAAAAAAUAAGCAAUUCCUUCUCUCUAUUUAUAUUUACAUAAAAAAGGAGGGAACUGUUUGGAUGGAAAAACAAAAUUAAAAAAAAAACCUCUCCUCCAAUGGCCUUAAAUUCGGUCUCUCUGAUCAGAGAGCGUGGAUUCUAGGGUUCCUGUUUUUCAAUUAUUAUUUUAAUUAUCUGGCAGUUGUUGACUCGGGUAAUCUUUUAUCGUGUCUGUUUUUGUUUUGAGGGAUAUGCUGAAUAAAACUUUGAGGUUAGGGUUUUAUUGAUUGGAGGCCGUUGGGAUUAUACAUUGUCAAUUUACUGCUGUUCUGGUGAUUUUUGUUAUGUUUCGGGUAAUGGGUAUGCAGUAAUUUGUUGGACAAAUUGAUAGAACUUUGAUGGGUUCGUGUGAGAACUCGCUUGAGGUUCACGAACCUUUGCACCAGGUUGCUGUGGAGCAACAUGUGUGCUUCAUAAAAAAUUCUGAUUCUGAGCGGCUGCCUUUAUUGGAGGCUGGUUUAGAUAUGAUUGAUCAUAAUGUGGGCUCCACUAGUGCGCUGGAUCGAUGCUUAAUGUUAUCUCAAACAGAUAAUGCUGGCUGUGUGAGCUAUGGUGAUUUUACAGAGGCUGCUUCUGUUGAUAGGGAAAUUGAGUUGGUGUGUGACAGUGGAGAUAUGGUUGGUUUGGUGCCAGGGAAAUUGUUAGAGGAUGAAUGUGGGGUUGCUUGCGGUUAUUUUAAUGGAAGGCAAAGUGGACUUGGCAGUUGCAAUGUGAAAAUUGAUGGAUUGUGUGUGGAAAAAGUUGGGUCUAGUGAUGAUAAUGGUGGAUUAGUGAAUUCAUUGGAGGAAUGUGAAAGUUCUCUGGAAUUGAUGCCUAUCUCUGGUUCACUCAGGAAUUGUGAUCAACAGGAUGAACGGAAGGAUGACUGGAGUGGCAUUGUCCAAGGAGACACAGAAACAGAAGAGAAAAAUGCUGGUUUAGCUGCAACAGAGAUUGAUGCUUGUAACCAUAUGCUGUCUUCAUCAGACUGUGAAAUGCCCGUAGAAAUCAGAUCUAUGAAUGCUUUGCCUAGAAAUGGGGUUGAACAGGACAAGCAGGACAGUUUUGAAGGGGUUAUCGAGGUCAUAGAAAAUAAAAGUGUUGGUUUGUCCAGGAUAGAGACUGAUAUUCACAAUCAAAUGUGGUCUUCACUGGACCAUGGGACACUGUCAGAAUUGAUACCAACGACAGUUGCGCUAAAUAAUUGUAACAGUCCCUCUGCAGAAGAGUUUACAGAGGUUAUGAAGGAGAAAAGCAGUGUUUCACCAGUGAUAGAUACUACUAUUCAUGGCCAGCUGUCUUCUUGUCAAGACUUCGAUAUGUCCUUGGAAUCAAUGCCUGCAAUUGGUUCUCCAGAAAAAAUUAUCCAGCGGGAUGAGGAGAAGGAUGGUGAGCCUGUUGGUGUGCCCUUUGAUGAGGGAGCUACAGAAGGGAAGAAUAAUCUUUUAGUCUGGUUAAAAUCUACUAUUAAUAACCAAAUAUCAUCUUCACUGGAUGAUGAAAUGUGCAUGGAAUCAGAUUUUGCAGUUUAUUGCCAACAAAAUGACAUGGAGGCAAAUAUUAUCAGCAGUAAAGCCUUGGAGAGGGCUGUCGAUGUGAACAAUGAUACUUUAGCCUUGAUUGAAUCUGAUGUAUGCACACAGAAAUCUCAGCACAGCAUUGAAAUUCCCAGAGAAUUAUCUAAUGAUCAGAAAAAUGGCAUGGAUGCCAAUUGUCUUACUGCAGAAAGGGUUCCAACAGAUAAUUGGAAGCAAAGUGAUAUAGAUUUAAGCAUCCAGGCUUGCCCUUCACAGGGUUGCCAGAUGACCUUGGAGAAUUUAGUUAUGGCCGACUCACUGAGUAACUGUGACCAGAAGAAUUUAGUUUAUGGACCUUCUGUGGAAAGAAUGCCAUAUGUUGUGGAAGAGGAAAGUGAUGUUACGACUGAAAUAAAGGUUGAAAUUCAUGGCGUGAAACUUUGUGUAGUAGCAGAUGCCUGUGAUUUGAAGGAUGGUUCACCUGAAAUAUCUCCCAACAUUCCACAGUCCUGGCAGCCCUUUGAUGUUGCUGAGAAUGGCUCUUAUGAGAAGUUGGAUGUACCAAAUCUUUUAGAGAAGGAUAUUUUUGGUACCAUUUAUUCUAGCAAUGCAGCUGACCAUUCUGAACGGACAGAUAAUGAAGGGAAGGAUUGUGCUGGAAAUGCUGGUCCAUCUAAAAACAAAUGUCCUGACAUUGGCUCAUCAUCUUCUAGAAGGAGCAAUCGAAAACGUAAAUCCUGCCAGAAGACUCAGACAAAAAGGGCUGCAAGGAAAAGCAAGAACAAAGGCAAAGUGCGAGACUCUCAGAUUUUCAAGGCUGAAAGAAGGAAGAGAAGCUGUUUCUCCAAACCGGCUCGCUCUUCCAAUUGGGGAUUAUUAGGGAAUAUUACACAAUUUUUUGAGCAAAGUAAUGGACUGGAGUUCAAUGAAAUUCAGAAUCCUGAACUGAGCAAAAGAAAGGUUGGCCAGGGAAGUGGAAAACUGAGCAGAAAUUGGAAUAGUAGUCGGGCUGGUGGAAGCUCUCAAUGGUCUGGUGGAAAAAAACAUGCUUUGACUAGUGGUAUUCGCCUUAAAGUUAAAGUGGGAAAAGAAUUUCCCCAAAACAGUCUGAACAUUGUGGUCCCAGAAGUAAUUGAUACCUCAGCAUCUGCUGCUGCUGGUGGUGUUAGGGAAUUUGAUAUCAAGUCAUGUCAAGGAACCAGUUUCGAAAUUCCAAAUUUUGCCAAUUGUGUUGAAGAUAAAAUGGGGCAAGAGGGGACUGAAGAUCAGCUACAAUGUUUUGGUUAUAAACUGGAGGAUGCAAAAAUAUAUUCCAAUGCUUCUAUUUCAGAUUUACAUGUAGAAGAUAAUGACUUGCAGGGCACUUUGACUUCCCAGAAGUCAGUUGUAGAUGCUUCCAGUGAUUAUCUCGGAGUCCCCGCUCAUGUAGAGUAUGAAGCAUCGAAAGAAGUGGCUGAGAAGAGUUAUACAGAUGCAGGAACUUCACCUGAUUCAGAAGUUAUCAAUUUGGUUCCUGAAGGCCAAGUUAAUUCAAGAUGUCAAGAAGAUUUCCCUGAUGCUGUUUUCACCUCUUCUAAGGUUUUUGUUGCUCCUGUAGUUGUUAAGAGAGGAAAGAAGAAAGAUAGACUUACCCAUGCCAGUGACUGUUUUCCGGAAGAUAUAUCUCCUGCUGUGGCUGGCAUAAACAAGGUCAAAGCAACAAAGAAGCAUGGGGGCAGGCAGAGAAAGGGCAAUGAACAUUUCUCCAAUGAGAUUCAUAUUUCUCCCACUAGGGGAAAUGCAUCUAGCAACUCUUCAAUCUGUAAGGAAUUUUCUGAGGAACGGUUACAUUUUUCAAGAGAGACUGAACCUAGAGUCUCUAAAGAGGAUUUGCAAUCACAAGUUAAAGUUAAUGCAGAAACUAAAAUAUGUUCUGGCCUGGAUGUUGGGCGAAGGUUGCCAGAAUCACAAAAUUCAAACAAGCUGCUUCCUUCAACUAAAUCCAAGGGGUGGCAACUUCCAAGAAAAUCUGGAGUGAGCAAGGGAAGGUCUAAAGACUCUGACAAUGCAAGAAGCAAGAGCGCAAAUGGUUUUAGACAUAAAGGAAAUAAACAGCAGUCAGUUGAUAAGAACAAAAUCAAGGAGAAGAAUGGUUGUGAUCUUGUUGUUUGCAAAGCAGAAGAUGAUCUAGAAACAAGAAACUGUAAUGCUGAUGAUUUUGGAAAAAAAAAUCCUGGUGACAAUGUUGCAUCCACAGGUGUAGCUAAUUUGGACAUGGCAUCAAAUGAUGUAAUGGAGCAGCAUUUACCUGUAGAUAAUGCUUGGGUGCGCUGUGAUGAUUGUCAUAAAUGGCGGCGUAUUCCAGUUGCACUUGUAGAUUCUAUUGGUCAAACAAAUUGCAAGUGGAUUUGCAAGGACAACUUGGAUACAGCCUUUGCUGAUUGCUCCAUCCCCCAGGAGAAGUCAAAUGCUGAAAUUAAUACAGAAUUGGGCAUAUCGGAUGCUGAUGAAGAUGCCUAUGAUAUUCCGUCAAAGAAUAAGGGAUUAGAAUUUAAGCCUAAAACAGUUACCAAGGAGCAUGAAUUUACACGCAUUUCUACUAAUCAAUUUCUGCACCGUACCCGUAGGACUCUGACUAUUGAUGAGAUAAUGGUGUGCUAUUGCAAACCACCUCUGGAUGGUGGGUUAGGUUGUGGAGAUGAAUGUUUGAAUCGAAUGCUUAACAUUGAAUGUGUUCAAGGCACGUGUCCAUGCGGGGACCUUUGUUCAAAUCAACAGUUCCAAAAGCGUAAUUAUGCCAAAAUGAAGUGGGAUCGAUGCGGAAAGAAAGGUUUUGGCCUACGAUUGGAAGAGGAUAUUUCCAAAGGGCAAUUUCUAAUUGAAUAUGUUGGAGAGGUGCUUGAUGUGCAUACUUAUGAGGCGCGGCUGAGAGAGUAUGCUUCUAAGAGCCAUAAGCAUUUCUACUUCAUGACGUUGGAUGGCAGUGAGGUGAUAGAUGCUUGUGCAAAAGGAAAUUUGGGGCGAUUUAUUAACCAUAGUUGUGAUCCAAAUUGCCGUACUGAAAAGUGGGUGGUCAAUGGAGAGAUCUGUAUUGGAUUAUUUGCAUUGAGGGAUAUUAAGAAGGGUGAAGAAUUGACAUUUCAUUACAAGUAUGUAAGAGUGGGUGGGGCUGCUGCGAAAAGAUGUUAUUGUGGUUCACCUCACUGUCAAGGUUAUAUUGGUGGUGAUCUAAGAAACACCGAGGUAAUUGAUCAAGUUGAUUCAGACGAAGAAUUUCUUGAACCAGUGAUGCUUGAAGAUGGUGAAGCUGGAGAUGCAUUAAAGAAUAGGAUACCCAGAACCAGUUCCUUGGAUGGCAUAGAACUGCAAGUUGUAGACAGUAUAUCAAAAGAUAGAGAUACAGCGGGUAAUUCCACUACAGCUACUGGGAACAUGGAAGUAGUCUCUGAAAUUGAGGACUCUAUGAACCAAUCUGUUUCCCCCAUUUCCCAAUUACAUAGUUCAUUGGAAAUUGUUGAUUUGAAGGGAAAUUUUCCAUUUGCUAGUCCACCAAAAGGAAUAUCUGUAGAAGCAGAUUAUGUAACAAGCAAAUCUACAUCUGCUGUCAAGCAUGUAAUUUCCAAGGAAGAGAUUCAAAGGUUGGAUACCUCUCCAACUACAAUGCUCAGUAAAUCAUUAUCUGAUGGCAUGGUUGCUAACAGGAAGUCGAAGUCUGCUACAGCUGAAGAAAAGCGGGUUUUUGUGAAAUCACGAUUUCUGAUUAAAACCUCAUGUGAAUCUGGUUUUUCUAAGAAAGGAAAGUUUACUAGUAAUCAUUCAAAUGUGAAUAAAGUUCAGAUGAUGACCAACAAAUCUCAGGUGCUGCCUAUCAAACCCAAAAAAUUUAUGGAUGGUACUUCCAAUGGCCGUUUUGAAGCAGUUGAGGAGAAACUUAAUGAGUUGUUGGAUGCUGAUGGUGGGAUAAGUAAACGAAAAGAUGCCCCUAAAGGUUAUUUGAAGCUUUUGCUUCUUACUGCUGCUUCUGGUGCUAGUGGAAAUGGUGAAGCAAUUCAGAGCAAUCGAGAUCUUUCAAUGAUUCUUGGUGCACUUCUAAAAACUAAAUCACGAGUGGUUUUGGUUGAUAUAAUUAACAAAAAUGGUUUGCGGAUGCUCCACAACAUGUUAAAGCAGUACCAAAAGGACUUCAAAAAGACACCAAUUCUCCGAAAACUUUUGAAGGUUUUAGAGUAUUUGGCAGUCAAGGAGAUACUUACACCAGAACAUAUUAAUGGAGGUCCUCCUUGUCCUGGAAUGGAGAGCUUUAGCGGUUCAAUAUUGUCAUUGACGGAGCACAAUGACAAACAGGUUCAUCAAAUUGCACGAAAUUUCCGAGACAAGUGGAUUCCUUGGCAUAGCAGGAAAUAUAGUUAUAUGGAUAGGGAGGAUGGGAAGAUGGAGUUUUACAGAGGCUCAAUCAGCAACAGGGUUUCAGCUUCACAGAAUUAUUCACGCGAUCUGUGUGUAAGGCCUACAGAAGCAAUAGAUUGUGCAACCCAAUCAAAGCAAGCAACAACUUCAGUGGAUGCUGCUGUCCAUGAGGGCUGUUCUGCACCUUGUGUUGGUGGUAUGAAAACUCGCAAGCGUAAAAGCCGAUGGGAUCAACCAGCAGAUGAAAAACCAUCUUCAAGAUCUCUUCAGCGUGAUGAGCAGAAGAUUCAGUCUGGGUUAAUACAACAAUCUGAAUACAAACCACUACCUGACAUAGGUAAUGAGUUGCUGGAUCACAUGGACAAACUAAGCAGAGAAAACAGUUAUUGCCCUAAUUGUGUUCGCAAUUAUUGUCAACAAGAUGAAGCUAGUUGUGCUGAUAAUGAAAGGCAGGAUGUUCCACCUGGGUUCUCAUCUCCCCUCAAUCUCACCCUGGUUUCAUCCAAUGCUUCAUCAACCAUUACUGAUCUCCCUGUUGGACGUCCUUGUAGAAAAUUCAUUUCCCGCUUGUCUGUGUCAUAUGGAAUUCCAUUGCCUAUUGUGCAGCAAUUUGGGUCACCUCAGGAUGGAACUGUGGAGAGUUGGGCUAUUGCUCCUGGCAUGCCUUUCCAUCCUUUCCCUCCACUACCACCAUUUCCCCAUCACAAGAAAGAAACUCCAUCUGCUGUUAAUUCUAUGGUGAUUGAUGAAACUACAGAAGGCCAACAGGACAGACAUUAUCCUGCUGCUUAUUAUCCAAAUGAAAACAAUCCGAGCACGAAUGGUGCUAACCAACCAGACUUAGACAUUCCUGGUGAAAAUGGCCAACAAACAUUUAAACGAGCUAAGGGAUCCUCGCAUGAUUUGGGAAGAAGGUACUUCAGGCAGCAAAAGUGGAAUAAAGGGCCUCCUUGGAAUUGCAAGAGUGAUGGGUGGGGAUACUUAGAAAAUAACUUAAGAGAUGAAGUAUGCAGUACUGAUGUGCGGAGUGUAACAAAUGAGCACAGAAAUUGUAACUGUUCACAGGAUAUAAGUUGUAGAGUUAAAAAGGCUGGCAAUUGCAUUAAUCAGCAGAAGAGCACCUAAAUGAGCAUUCAUUCUUAGGAAAAUCACUCAAGCUUCUGGAUUUUCUUCCAUACUUUGAUGUAUUCUCAAUUCUUUUGUUUCCAGGGUUUUAUUUUCAAUGGAAAAUUCAUUCAUUUUCAGAAUUUUAGACCAGGAAAAACAUGCUGAAGAUUUGUUUUCUUCGAUAUUAAUCCAUUUAUUCAGCCCUCAAAGGGGUAGGUAUUUUCUGUUUAUGUAUCAUUUUCCUCAUAGAAGGUAUAGAUUAUAUACAAUCAUUGGAAUAAAUUAUUAACUUCACUGGUA